AUGCCUACCUGCCUCGACAAUCUUAUCGCAUUGAGUACAGAAGGAUUUUGGUAUUGGCCAUACCGUUCUAGUUAUACUGAAAAUUUUCCGGAAAGGGCAACAAUUGCCACAAAGGGAAGAGAACUCAGUUAUGACACCACUCUCUUUCUGGUUACCAGUAUUGACUUUUCCAUGAACAAUUUGUUCGGUGAUAUCCCGAGCGAGAUAACAAGUCUGGUGGAACUCAGAUCAUUGAACCUAUCGCGAAAUCAUUUAACAGGAUCCAUCCCAGACAACAUUGGAAACAUGAAGCAACUCGAAUCUUUUGAUUUGUCAAUGAACUCAAUAUCAGGCAAGAUUCCAGGUAGCAUCACAACCAUAUCUUUUUUGAAUAGCCUAAAUUUGUCGUAUAACAACUUGACGGGGAGAAUUCCAGAUAGCACCCAGAUUCGAGGCUUGAGCGAGUCAAGCUUCGUUGGCAACAAUCUCUGUGGCCCUCCACUUAUAAUGUCAUGUGGAAAUGGAGAUAAUACACUUGGUCCAGUGCAUACAGAAAAUCAAGGCCGAGAAGGCAACAAGAGGGAGAUUGAUUGGUUUUACGUGUUUCUAUCUUUAGGAUAUGCCGUGGGGCUUUCGAUUGUCCUUACGAUGUUGUAUUUCAAGAGCAAAUGGAGAGAAGCAUAUUACGCGUUCUUUCAGAAUUUAUGGGAAUGCGUUUACGUGUAUUCCAUUAUCAAAUGGAGAAGGCUAACGAGAGUGCUGGGGCGAAAUCUGUGA